AUGGAUGGCAUUGAUUUAACGAAGCGUUCAGACUCUGCUCCAGAAGUGCCAAUCCAUAUUACAGAUAUUACAAUAGUCAGUUGGAAUGGGCCAGAUGAUCCACAAGACCCUUUCAACUGGCCUUCGUGGAAGAAGUGGUGGGCGACCGGACUAGGCCUCCUAGCGAGUUUCAUUUGCUCAAUGAACGGAACGAUCUUAUCUGUUGCCCACGAGGAUAUUAGUGAAGAAUUCCAUAUCUCGGAUGCGACAUUCCCACAUUCCUACUGGCUGACCACUUCCUGGGGCUUAGGGGCCGCUCUGUGUCCGCUGAUCCUAUUUCCUAUCAUGGAGGACUUCGGAGUUCGACCUGUACUUCUCAGUAUCUAUUUUGUCUUUGCUUGUUUCCUGGUCCCAGUGGGCUUCGCCCAUAACUACGUGACAUUGAUCAUUGUCCGCUUCAUCAGUGGUGGAUGUGUUCCACUGAUGAGCGAUGCAGUUGCUAGCAUAGCAUCGAAUGUCUUUCACGGCGAUCGAGCCAGAAGCAUCCCGAUCAGUCUAUACGUCACUAUAUAUCUUGGGUCAACAAGCAUAGGCCCAGUUGUCGGCGCAGCGAUAUUGAAGUUCCUCUCUUGGCGCUGGAUAGGCUAUAUGGAAACAAUCUGGACAGCGGCGGCCUUCCCACUCUUCGCGCUCGGUCUUCCGGAGACUCGAGGAUCAGCCAUUCUCCGAGUGAAGGCCAAAUCCUUCCGUUCGGACGGCAAGAACGCGUACACAGCAGCAGAGCUCGAACUAGACCGUACGCCAUCGUACCAAGUUGUCAUCAAAAGUAUGAAACGACCACUGUAUAUGCUCGUCACGGAAUUGGUGGUUUUUGUCGCUGCGCUGUGGGCAGCCUUCAGCCUCGGAACAAUUUAUCUAUUUACUCAGUCCGUCGAGCAGGUUUAUGCCGAACUUUAUGGCUGGGAUGCUGUGAAGGCAGGCUAUGUCCAAGUUGCUAUUGUAAUAGGCAAAAUCCUCGGCUGUCUGCUUUGUAUAUCUACCGAUCACUGGUAUCAUGACUCCGCAUUUCGAAAUAUCGAGAUACCAGGCGUACCUAUCCCCGAAGCCAGGCUAUACUCAUCAAUCGUCGGGGGUCUUCUUGGUGUCACUGGAGGGAUGUUUGUAUAUGGAUGGACUUCAUAUCCCUCCGUACAUUGGAGUGCACCAACCGUCGGCCUGGCGAUGGUGGGCUUCGGAACCACUGCCGUUAUCAUAGGUAAUGCAAACUACCUCAUAGACGCUUAUAGUAAGUAUGCGGCCAGCGCCCUUGGGGCGGUAGGCCUUGUGGAGAAUAUUGCCAUUGCUUUUCUUCCGCUCGCCACCACAGCCAUGUAUACGGAUCUUGGAUUCCAGUGGGCUAGUUCAGCCCUUGCAUUCGUGUCUCUGGCACUGGUUGCAACACCGCUUGUGAUGCUCCGAUGGGGGACGGUCAUCAGGUCUCGAAGCCCGUUUAUGAGAGAGGCUAUUAUUGAUAAACGAAGGGGGAGCAUCCUGACAACCAUAGAAAAUGAUGCUGGUUGUGUAAUUUAA